AUGCGCGGUUAUACAGCUCUCCUGGUUCUUGCCAGUCUUUCCUUCACACCAUGCCAAGCUGCCACAGACAUGGGUCCAGCGGCCUUCCUGUGGCCUCCUGAUCGGGCUUGGUCGAGCGCUGCCGAUAAUACCGCCCCAUGCGGGUCCAAUGCAGAUAUUGGCAAUCGGACCGAGUUCCCUCUCACCAAUGGCGAGGUAUCACUGGUCCUGCAGGACGAGUCUUACAAUGUCAAUCUCGCCAUCUCCUACCACAGCAAUCCAACUUCCAACAAUGACUUCGUAACCGAUGUCUCCGGCACAAAUUUCCCCGACCUCUACCCCGGACAUGAAUGUUAUUCCAUUCCAGACGCACCUUCAAACACGUCCUCGGGUGACAACGCCACACUGCAGCUGAAGUACCAAUCCACAUUUGACACCGAUACAAACAAGACGUACUAUGCUUGCGCAGAUAUUACAUAUGUCGCCCUGGCCGAUUUCACCACUGACGUUCUUUGCUUCAAUGUGUCGGUUGCUACUUCAACUGCCACCCCCACAGCUACAAGCACCAGUACAGCUAAGUCCGGUGGUCUGUCUGGGGGUCAGAUUGCUGGUAUUGUUGUCGGGUGUGUUGUGGGUGCUGCUCUGAUUGCGGGUGGUUUGUUCCUCUUAUGGGGUCGACACCAGCGCAAAAUUCAGCGAGAUAAGGUUAUUGCUGUUCGAAUGGGUGAUUGGGGAAAUAAUGUGCAGAAGACGGUAUCGGGUGAGGAGGGUCAGUCGCAAGCUUAG